CAAGACGAGUUGGCCUCCCAUUGGUCCGUCGCAUUUCAGGCGCCAACAUUCAACAAAACGCAGAGCAGCUGUCCCGCGAAAGUCAGUUCGGUGCUCUUUCUUCGUGUGUCUGCUCGGUGGCGUGGAGCAUUCCCUUUGUUUUAAUUGAACUUGUAUUAAGUCGUUGUUAGUAUUUGUGUGAAAAUGCAGUCUUCUCGCGUGACCCUUUUAGCCUUCAACGAGAACAAGCUGAGCGCUGACGUCAACAACAUGGCACCGGACAAGGAGAACACGGCUCCAAGCCGCCUGAACACGACGCGCAAGUUGGCGUCCAAAACGGCGCGUCAAAUGUUCCCCGACUCGCCACUGAAAGGUGUCAAGAAGUCUGGCUGCGAGGAGUCGGAGCCUCUGCUGAAGGACAACCCACGUCGCUUUGUGGUCUUCCCCAUCCAAUACCACGACAUCUGGCGCAUGUACAAGAAGGCCGAGGCGUCUUUCUGGACCGCCGAGGAGGUGGAUCUGUCCAAGGACAUGCAGCACUGGGAAGUUCUGAAGGACGAGGAAAAGUUUUUCAUAUCUCAUGUGUUGGCCUUCUUUGCGGCCAGUGACGGCAUCGUGAACGAGAACCUGGUGGAGCGCUUCACACAGGAAGUUCAGGUGACGGAGGCGCGUUGCUUCUACGGGUUCCAGAUCGCCAUGGAGAACAUCCACUCGGAGAUGUACAGCCUCCUCAUCGACACCUACAUCAAAGACCCCAAAGAGAGAGAAUACCUGUUCAACGCCAUCGAGACCAUGCCGUGCGUCAAGAAGAAGGCCGACUGGGCACUCAAAUGGAUCGGCAACAAGAACGCCACCUACGGCGAGCGCGUGGUGGCUUUCGCCGCCGUGGAGGGCAUCUUCUUCUCCGGGUCCUUCGCCGCCAUCUUCUGGUUAAAGAAACGCGGCCUGAUGCCCGGACUCACCUUCUCCAACGAGCUCAUCAGCAGAGACGAGGGUCUCCACUGCGACUUUGCGUUGAUGUUCAAGCACCUGGUCAACAAGCCGUCUGUGGACACUGUGACGUCCAUCAUUAAAAAUGCAGUGAAAAUUGAGCAGGAGUUCCUGACGCAGGCGCUGCCGGUUAACCUGAUCGGGAUGAACUGCGACCUGAUGAAGCGCUACAUCGAGUUUGUGGCCGACCGCCUCAUGAUGGAGCUCGGCUUCGCCAAGCUGUUCUUCGUGGAGAACCCGUUCGACUUCAUGGAGAACAUCUCCCUGGAGGGCAAGACCAACUUCUUUGAGAAGCGUGUCGGCGAGUACCAGCGUAUGGGUGUCAUGGCUGCCACCACGGACAACACAUUCACGCUGGAUGCAGACUUCUGAAUGUGUCCUCUUUCCCUCGUCGCCAUGAAAACGCCAAGCUGUUUAUAUGCUCAGUCUAUUCGGACACAGAUUGUACUUUUGAUGUAACAUACUUUUUUUACUUCUUUUAAUUUUAUUUUAGUUUGUAUAUUUAUGAAUUAAAGGUUCCACAUUUAAUAGUA